UAGAGGUCCAUUUUUAGCUUAUGACAUCACAACACUACACAAACAUAACAUAGAAAACAAAGUACAACUUCCCCUGUUUUUUCCUCUGUUUUAUUUUUAACAUAAUGGCUCAAAAGCUUAGAAUGUCACACCAAAAAAUUUCCAUUGCUCUAGUGAGUUUAGUUGUUUUAUGUAUUAACAUGAAUAUGCAAGAUGCUAUGGCUGAUUAUGGUGGUUGGGAGAGUGCUCAUGCUACUUUCUAUGGUGGGGGUGAUGCUUCUGGCACAAUGGGAGGAGCAUGUGGAUAUGGAAAUUUGUAUAGCCAAGGAUAUGGAACAAACACAGCAGCACUAAGCACUGCUUUGUUCAACAAUGGCUUAAGCUGUGGUUCUUGUUAUGAAAUGAGAUGCAAUGAUGAUCCAAGAUGGUGCAAACCUGGCUCAAUUAUUGUUACUGCUACAAAUUUUUGUCCACCAAAUCCAUCUUUGGCUAACAACAAUGGUGGUUGGUGUAACCCUCCUUUGCAACAUUUUGAUAUGGCUGAACCUGCCUACCUUCAAAUUGCUGAAUAUAGAGCUGGAAUUGUGCCUGUGGCCUUUAGAAGGGUACCAUGUGUCAAAAAGGGAGGAAUAAGGUUCACAAUCAAUGGCCACUCUUACUUCAACCUAGUUUUGGUCACCAAUGUGGGUGGUGCUGGGGAUGUUCAUUCAGUUUCCAUCAAAGGAUCAAGAACUGGGUGGCAACCCAUGUCAAGAAAUUGGGGACAAAAUUGGCAAAGUAACUCUUAUCUUAAUGGACAAACUCUCUCAUUUCAAGUUACAACAAGUGAUGGUAGAACUAUGACAAGUUUUAAUGUGGCACCAGGCAAUUGGCAAUUUGGUCAAACUUUUCAAGGAGCUCAAUUUUAGACUUUAUAAUAUGAAAAAGUUUGUUUAUGUAGUAAGUUCAUUAUUCAUCCAUUGCAGACCCAAAAAAAAAAAAGUAUCAUUAUAGGUAUGAUUCUUGAAAAAAAUUUGCAAUGUGAUUUUGAAAGGCCAGUGUUUUAUUUUAUUGGUCUGCAAAGUAGCUGUGGUGAUUAGGUAGCACCCGCUGGUCACUUCUUUAUAUAUAUAAUAUAUACAUGAAGAGUUUUAUGUCA